AGCCUGAGAACAUUUCAUACAUCUGCUGUCAAGAAUAAAGUAAAAUAAUUUGUCGACAUGCUUCGUUACAAAAAGCAUAAGAGGCAGACUGAUGGCCUAGGAACAAGUGUGACUCAAAUGGAUGACACUGACCGGGAGGUGAGCAGCUUCACGGACCGAGCAUUUAGGAGUUUAUGCGUUGCAGAAGAAGAACCAUUUAAUGAUGUUCCUCACUUGCCUUCCCCUAUCAGAGGAAUGCCACUUUCCACAAAGUACCACCUAGGAAUUUUUAAUUUGUCAGUCAGAAAAACGCAGCCCUUGGCACAGUUACCCACAACACCGCGCCAGCGUGGGAAGUGGGCUCCAACAUUCCAGCCUUUGCUAAACUCUACAAAGGUAGGUUUGACUGAUAUAAAGACCAACAACAAACUAUGUGCCCCUGUGCCAAGAGGAUAUAAACAACGCUCAAAAGUGUCAUCAUUGAUUCAGACAUUUGAUAAUAUCGAAAAUGAGAUACCAGAUGAUUUUCUUUCGCACACAAGACUUCUUUUCUCUAAAGGUUCUCAAAGAGAUAUGGUAGAAAGUCCUCUUAGUGAGACUGUAGAAAGAAUUGACAUUCGUAAUGAGCCAGUGCUAGAAUCCAUUAACCCAGAUGAUUCUCAUCUUAAUGAAAGUCACAACUUGCAGAGGCGUACCGCUAGAGAUGUUUUCCUGGAGUCUCAAUCUGAAAUGUGUUCAAGGCUAUCAAUGUCUCCAUCGCGUUCUCCAGGGUCACCAUUAGCUGAUCCAGUUAAAAAAGUGGGGAAGCAAAGAGAUUCUCUGAGAAGGACAGCUUUUCUACACAGUGAACAUAGUGCCUUUAAAUCCUGGAGUGAUAUCAAUAAGAGAAUGGUUGGUGGGGAGGAAAGUGACAACUCAAUACCAGGAACACCUACUAUUCCAAGAUCUGCAACCCCUUGCUCACCUUUACUUCAAAGAACAAUGGCUGGAAUUAGAGCUAAAGAUGGAGGAAUAGAAUUAGGUUGGGCUUCUCCUGCUUCUUCAUUGUCUAGCAGCUAUGAUGCUAACCAGAUGCUAAGAACUGUGCCUCCACUUCCCACCAGAAAAAAUACUAGACAAAACAGAGACUCUUGCCAUAAAACUCAAAGAACUCCACUAAAUUCAAGAAGUCAUGAUGGGCUGAAGACAGAUGAAGGACAUCUAUCAACUAAGGAGCAAGAUAACUGGAUGAAUAAAGUUAAUGCAUCUAAAUCACCAGAACAACAGAGCCAUGAACCAUUACCUAACCAUGAGGAAGUUAUAAGUAAUGUGCCCCACUCUUUUACAAAAGUAAAUGAAGAAAAUAGAGCAAAGGCAGCUAACACGCAGCAGAUAGAAAUGUCUGAAGCAACAAGCAAAGAAGAAGUUAAGGAACCAGAGAGGGACAAGCCACCACCUGGAAGAAUUAAAACAUUAAUAAAACAGAUUGAAAAAGAAACUGUUAAAGAUAUGGUGCCGAGUCACUUUACAGAGAAUAAACCCAACAUUAGAGAUUCACCAAAGGAUGAAACUGUUAAUGUUCCCACACCACUAGAAAAAUCACCACCAAUCUCAAAUACUACAUUAGGCAGCAAAGAUCCUGUACCCCCAUGGAGGAAAGCAAAAAGCAGUCAUAAAAUUGAACCUGAGAAAAAGUCUACUGCAGCUGAAUCCUUUGAAACUAUACCUGCUGGUAAAGAAGAGAUUCCAGAAGAAAAACCAUCAUCCUUUAAUAUCUCAAAUCUUUUAACUCCAGUUAUAAGAAGGAAAAACAUCCAUGAAGCUCUAGAUGAAAACAUUGUAAUGGCUCCCACAAGUACAGCUAAAGAGCAAGACCAAAAAGAGAUCAAUUUGUAUCAGAAAAGAGAUGAUUAUAAAUCUAAGGCAACAAGUUUAUUAUUCAACAUAAAAGACAUGAGAAAGAGGGUCAAAAGCACAUAUAAUCCGGCCAUAACAACAAGAAAUGGGUGUGAAAAUAAUUUGAUAUCAGAUGUUAAAAUGCAGGAGAAUGUGUCCCAUGAUAUUCACUUACCAGAUGUCAAUAAAUCGAUUUAUGACACCAAAAAUUCUAAGCAAACUCAUUUUGAAGAAAAUUUAAGGACAACAAGAGAAUCAGAAAUCAAAAGUGACUUAGUUGGAAAUGAGUCUGAGAACUAUUUAUCUUUGAGUCCCAUGGAUCAGAUCACGCCACUUCAAAAUGGAGAAAUCUCUAAAGAAAAAGAACAGUCUGGUGCUCAUUUUAUGCAUGAAGAGAACACAGCCUCUGUAGGUCUCAUUGCUAAUGACAAUAAUAUAAGUAAAGAGAUUGAUUAUCCUUCAUUGAAUCUUUAUAGUAAAGUAGAUACCUGUGUAGAUAGCGAGCAAAUAGAAUAUACUCAAGACUCAGUGCCUUGCCUAAAAAGCACAGAAGUCCAUCCCUUGCCAAUAGAAGAAAGUGUAAGAGAAGAGAUAAAGAAUGAUGAAGGUAUAAAUGGUGUAUCCAAUUCCUCCCUUGGUGUUUUAGAAAAUGUUUCAAGACAAUCGGAGCAGUGUUUGCCCGUCCCAGAGAUGGAAAGUGAAUGGGAUAUUGAACGUGAUGAAAGUGAAAAGAAAGUUGUUCAAGAUGAUGACACUCAAGACAUUUUACAGUAUUUUGCUGUUAAUAGUAGCAAUGGAGUAGAUGGAAUAGAGAGUGAUGGAAAGUCUAAUAUUCUAGAGUGUCAGACUGAAAAAGGUCAAGAGAAAUUGACAGAUGAACAGCCUAGACCAGAAAGUAUGUGUGCUGAGGAGGAAUUUAGAAGGCCAUCAUCCAUAACAUCUUUUAAACCAAAUUUAUUUUGCUUUAAAGACAAUAAAAUGAAAUCUACUCCAGUUACAAAGUCAGUAAGACUUCCUCUUUUCAGGAGUCUUUCUGAAGAUUGCUUGGCCUUCAGGAAGUUAGAAGAUAACAUUUCAUGGAGGAUUGGAGACCUCAGAGACACAAGAGAAAGCAAAGGCAUAAGUACAGAUAUACUCAGCACAAAUAAUUUUGAGAUAGGUAAUGUGAGUAAAAACCAAAAGCAUGUAAUAGUAAGCCCUACAUCUAAGACUCCAAAACAGGAAGCCAUAGAGUAUAAUCAAAUAAAAACUCAGAAGGAAGAGGCUGGAGAUCAGGCACUAUCAGAUGCUAUCAAUGUGAAUAAAGGCAACAGGAGCAAAAAAUACCCAUGCUUUGAAGAGUCCUUCUUCCAUCCUGUUGAAACAUGUGUUUCUGAAGUAGCAGGGCCAUCACCAGAGUGUAACACUUUAAUUGUGCACAAUGUGGGGGAACCUAUGAAUGAACAAGUAAAUGGAGAACAUGAUUCUCCUUAUGUUGAUGCUGAAAAUACUAAUUAUUCUCCUAUUGAUAAUGAACUUUUGCACUUUGAGGAUAGUAUUAAUUUUCCAGAAGAUAUUGCUUGUUCCACCAUAACAAGUCCCAUGUCAGAAAGUGUAACUUGUUCCAUUGUAACCAGCCCUAUUUCUGUAAACACCCAAAGCUCUGGCUUCACCACAGCACUUUCUGCUUUAGAAGAUAUACCAAGCCCACCCUUAACAAGUGUUAAUACAAGAAAUGGCAAGUUUAAUUUCUUGCGUCCUGAACGAGUAAAUACAACAGACUCUGAUGCUAAAAACAUUGACCUAACAACACCAGAAAAGACAUCCAUUUCAGAAUCGCAGAGGAUGCAUGCAAAACCUCCCGCUGUACCUCCUAAAACAGAAAAAGCAUUGCGUCGUGCCAAGCGUCUGACCAAAAAACGUAGAAAGACUGACAUCCCAAGGGUACAAGACGGCAACCUUCAGGAAUCUGACACUGUUUUAGAUGUUCCUUCACCUGGCAAUGUCACACCAACACUGGUUACACCACAAUCCCAUGACAAAUUAAUGUCAUGCAGGUCUAGAACUUUAGAGCAUGAAGACAUCAUUUCAGAAUGCUCUACUCCAUCACUUCCACUUACCCAACGUAAACUUCUUCAGGACCCUGACUCUGGCCAGUACUUUGUAGUUGAUAUCCCUGUUUGUUUACGUAUUAAAACCUUCUAUGAUCCAGAAACAGGAAAAUACCUGCAAAUGUCCUUACCUACAUCGGAAAGAGAAAGUCCAGCAUUUGACAUGUCCAACAGUUCUUGCAUGACGUAUCCCGGGCUUACUCCUGUACCUGUUUCAUCCCUCGCACCAUUUAAAGGAGCAUCACGCCUCCUCAAUCAUGAUCAUGUAAACACUUGUGAUAGUAAAAGUUUAUGGAAUGAAGAUUCUUUAAAAAUGAAUAAUUUCAUUCAUUGUGAUUCCCAUGACCAGAGAAUGACAGAAACGCCACUGAGUAUGGACAGAAUUACAAGUAGGAGCUCUGAUAUUAUCUCAAUGAAGGAUAUAGAUGACUUUGCAGUGGAAGCAGUUUCAUGAACUUUGCAUAAACCUUUAAGAAGUUAAAAAGCACAAAAACCUUAAAGUAUAGUUAAAUAACAUGUUAAGACUAUCAUUGUACAGCCACUUUUAUUCCAUUUCAACAUCAUUUGGCUUGAAGCAAUGCAGCAUAUAAGUAAAAGUAAGGCAUAAACAGCAUGUGUGCACGCAGUGGAAUACAGGACUAUUUACACCGAGCUCGCAGGUCGCCAAAAUUAACCAGGAGGUUAUGGUAAAUUUUAAUUUCCUGCAUUAUAAUACAUUUCUUAAACAAUGUGCAUUUUGUCUUUUAAUAACAGAAGGACACCUUUUGUGACUUGGCACUUGGUAUGAGCCCACUAUAGACUAUUCACUGCACUAUAAAAUUCGGAUGCAUUUUCUGAACUUGUGUACUUGUGUGAAUCACUCCAGCACUGGUGCAAACCUGAAAAAAAAGAAAAUGUGCUGUAACCAAGAACAUUUAUGUUCCAUUGUAUUAUUGAUGUUAAAAUUGUAUAUGUGUUGUUUGUUUACAACUAUACAAUUUAUAUGCAGACAAAAUUUAUUGAUUUUCCUUGGAUUGUGCUUUUUGAAUCACUUUCAUUACAGUUUUGUUGC